GUUUUGGGCAAAACCACUUUUUUAGAAAAUUAAUCUUCAUCAAGUCGUCAAUCCUAGAAGGCAAUAGGCAAAUAGAAAAGCUGGAAAAAGCAUCUACAAUCGUGCUGAUCUUCAAAGGUGUCGGCUGGUAGAGAUGAGUGAUUAUAACUUGCAACUCUUAGGUAGCGUAUCUGAAGUCAAUAAUAGCCAAGUUGUUAGCCAACACACACAAAAUGAUGAUGAAGAUGAAGAAAUUCUUAUGAGGAUGAUUAUGGGAGAUCAUAACAUGACACCAAACCAUGCCGAUCGCGUGGUGAAUGAGAUGAAUGCAUCUAGAGGAUCUGUUAAUAGAAAUAUCGGAGAUAUGAGAUCAAAAAUUGGACAUGGGACCAGGAAGAGGGCUGGAAAAAUCAAGAAACACAGGGGUAAAAAUAAGGUUAACUUUGGUCCUUAUGGCCCUGAGAAGAUGCUGUUUAACAAGUUUGGGCAGCCGGUUGCACCAGCUGAAACUGUUGCAAGGUUCUCAAGGUAUGUAGGAUCACUUGCAAGAGAACCUUCUAUGUUUCCAAUCAAUGUACCUGACUUCAGGAAUUUUAAAGGGACCGGAAGGGUUGAAAGUGCAUGGGCAGAAAUAAAGGCAAAAAUAGAUUGGUCUGAGCCACAAACCUUGGCAAUUAUGAAAAGAAUUCAGAAGGUAGUGAAGAAGAAAUUAAAUGCGCGUUGGAGAAAACACAAGCACAGACUUUAUGUUGACUACUAUAUGGAAAACAAAGGACAUGCUGAACGAUUUGUAUGUCCAGAUAGGGAUGUGAAUCAACUACAAUGGCGUGCAUUGGUACUUCAUUGGGACAAAUUUGGUGAGAAAAAAUCGAUGACUACCAAGAAGAAUAGAAGUCAGUUGAAGGUGGCUGCAAACACCGGAACAAAGACAUUUGCCCAAAUACGAUAUGAAUGGGAACUUGCAAACGAAGGGAAAGAAAUAGAUCGCUGCACAUUCUGGAGAUUGAUUCACAGCAAACCAAAUAAAGACUGUACUGGGACCGUGCCAAUUAAUGAUGAAGCAGAAAAAAUCUUUUUGGAAUUGGAUAAGCUUGAGCAAAGGGAGCGCUUAAAUGGUAGGGAACUCACUAUAGACUUAUUGAAUGAAUUGUUUUGUGAGCAAUUUGGACCAGAGACAUAUAAUGCAGUUCGAGGGUAUGGACUGGGAGUAGAGUGGGUUGAUGUUCCUGGAAUACAAACUGCAAAGCCAGCAGUUUCUUGCGAUGUAGCAUCACUUCAGUCUGAACUUGAAGCCUCACUUGAUGAGAUCACGAGGUUGACAGAGGAAGCAGCCAAAAAGGAUGAGCAAUUGCAAGCUGUCCAAACUCAAUUGAAUAGCAUUGAAACUCGUAUUGGCAAUCCCUUGCAUAGUAUAAUAAGUGCUGGACCUGAUACCAUUAAGAAGCUAAUAGCAGCACUUUCUGAUAUCGCAGAGAAGCAACCUCAAUCAAUCCAAGAAAUGCAAUCAACUCCAAUGGAAGGGUAUGUGACUUUACUUGGACACUAGGAUGGAAACUGUAGGAAGUUUGUUUUGAAGCAUAUUGCUGGUAUCUAUGAUUCAUCUCUAAGUUAGUAUAUUGUGGGUCAUUUUAUUGACAUAUUGGAGAUGAACUAUAUAUAUUUUGGGUAAUGGCUUCUGCCAUAUUAGAUAUAGCAAUACUAGCUUGGGUUAGAGCAGAGAAGAACUAAUCAUGUAAUUAUUAUGGUCUGGGAGAACAAUGACCACUUUUGUAUAUUGCUCUUGGAUGAAUGAAAUUUGUGUAGGAAAGCUAA